AUGGAAGACUUUAUUGCUGCCAACAAUCUGGUUUUACACAAUACUGCUGAUGCGCCACCAACAUUUGAUCGCAUACAUGCACAGGGCUGGCCGGAUUUGACUAUUUCAUCAUUCUCCAUAGCACAAAAACAUUCAAAACUGCUAAUUACAUCUCCUGAUCUUUCCAACCAACAUACAGCUGCUACUUUUCAGAGUAUUUUAAACUCGGUUAUAUACCAAGACUCUCUGGAAGAUGAUACAGCUAGUCACACACAAAUGAGAAUUAACAACAGUACACCUCCAACACCAUCCGACGUCCACUUUACCAUUAUGGAGGCCUUCAAAGUUGGACAAGUUGUAUUAUUCCUUAAAAAGAACCGCAACCCUCAAGACCCUUCGGCCUAUCGCCCUAUAUGCUUGCUACCAUCCCUGGGGAAAAUUUUUGAAAAAUUGAUCAUGAAUCGUCUUCGCCAUCAUCUACACUCUGGAAAUUAUCUGCAUCCACGCCAGUAUGGAUUCCGCACAGGAUUCUCUACGUUACAUGCAUUAAAUGAUAUACAAAAGGCCAUCUAUGACAACCGUAACCAUGGCUAUCACACGGCUCUAGUCAGCAUUGACAUAAAAAGUUUUUGA